CUCUUCACAUUCUCCAUCCCCAAAUACAUUCCACACAUUCCAUCACCUUCAUCAACAACCACAUCAAACCUUCAUCAUGGCCGGUGAAAAAAUCUUGAACGAGUGCAUCUGGGAUAAGUUCUGGAUCCCAGUCCCAGCCCUGAAGCCAAACUGUAUUGAUUUCGCCGUUGGAGACAUCAUCAAGGAUCCCUUUAAUCCCACCGAUGCCAUUCUAAAGCACGACCAGACAUCCCAGGGCUGGAAUAUUGGAGUCAACCUGCUCGGUAUGACAGACAAGAACAUCAGGAUCCCAGAUCCCUCCAAGCUAUCAGGCACCUCGGCAAUGACCCCCCCGACCGUCAGUGAAAAGCUCGACAGACAGCCCCCAGAUCUCUCCAAGAUCCCCACCAGCCUCAACUACCACCUCGAAACCCACAACCAAAUCGCUUUCAAAUUUGUCCCGUGGAUUCACCAAAAGUUCGAGGCUUCAAAAGCCUGGGGUGAGAUGGAGUCCCGGCCUUGUUACCUCAUUAAUGGGAUUAAGGUUGCGAGGGGGGUUGAGAUUCGUACUGAGAACGGGGGGUCGGAGGGUGGUUCUUCCUCCACUCGUUGUUUUUGUUCCGACGGAGAUGUGAUUCUUGCGUAUAAGGUGGCUAUCGCAUGGCGGGAACCCGGAACUGUGUUUUUCAAGAUGCAUGAUUAUGAAGUUGAUGAGAGGACUAUCAUGAGCAAGGUGGGUGUUAUGAUGGAGGCGAGCUGCGAGGAGGAGUCGAAGAACGAGGCCUGAUGAGAGGAUUGGCGGAGUGGUGAGGGCUUCGUGGAUAAUGAAUUACGGCCUAUCCCUAUUUUGUUAUGCUUGCAUGUGGUAAAUUGGCAAUUUUGGUGGAAAUUAUCUAG